GGCUCAGUCUACAAUCGGACGUUGCUCGGUGCGUAGCAAAGCGCAAAAAUAAACGUGAAAGCUCUCAAGUGGAAUUGUGAUCAAAGCAAACAACUUUUGAUUUCAAGUCACUCUGGGUUUGUGAAGAGUUAAAAAUUUUUAAUUAAUUUACUGCCAGCAGCAGCAAAAUCGGGUGUAACUUUUACGUUAUAAUUUCACAGCAUACAUUCAUCAGUCGAGCAAGCGCAGUGUCCGUCGAACGUUUAUCAAGAUGCCGGAAUUAACACCAGUUCAGGAGUACUAUAAUGGCAAGACCAUAUUUAUUACUGGCGCCUCUGGGUUUAUGGGCAAGGUUUUGGUCGAAAAAUUGUUGUACUCAUGCUCCGCUUUAAAGGAGAUCAUUAUCAUUGUUCGCCCAAAGCGCGGAAAGAGCCCCGAAGUGCGUUUGGAGGAGAUGUUCAAGUUGCCGAUUUUCCAACGUAUACGAGAGGAAAAGCCGGAAGUGCUAAAGAAGGUCACCAGUUUCAAUGGCGAUGUGACUUAUGAAAAUCUUGGUCUCAGUGGUGAAAACUUGAAAUAUGUCACCGAUAAUACAAAUAUCGUGUUCCACAUGGCGGCCACCCUAAAGCUGGAGGGUAAUUUAAAGGAUGCUAUUGACAUGAAUACAACAGGAACGCGUCGCGCUCUGGAUAUUUCUAAACAAAUGAAGGGUCUUGAGGCUUUCGUACAUGUGUCUACUGCUUUCUGUAACUGCGAUCAGGAGGUUAUGUACGAGAAGGUAUAUGAAUACCCACACAAACCAGAGGAUCUCAUGCGCAUGGUUGAAUGGAUGGAUCUUAAGACCUUGGAGUCCAUCACACCCGAGUUGAUGAAACCCCACCCAAAUACAUACACCUACUCAAAGCGUUUGGCUGAGAUUUUGGUGCGUGACCACUACGAGACCAUGCCGGUGAUUAUAGCGCGUCCCAGUAUCGUCACGCCUGCUGUGCAGGAACCUUUUCCGGGUUGGGUGGAUAAUCUGAAUGGGCCCACUGGUGUAAUGAUCGGAGCUGGAAAAGGAGUAAUACGCUCAAUGCUAUGCAAUGGUGAAUUAAAAUCGGAGAUCAUACCAAUUGAUAUGGCCAUAAACGGUUUAAUUCUGUUACCAUACCGUUUAAAUAUUAUGGAAAAGAGGCCACAAAAUAUACCAGUCUAUAAUCUAACGGUACCCGAAACGAAAAAGCGCACUUGGAAAUGGAUUAUGGAUGUUGGACGUGAUCUAGGUAUAAAAUAUCCAUUCGAAGUUGGGCUUUGGUAUCCAGACGGCAAUAUUACUACCAACAAGAUUUAUCACUGGUUCUGCGUUGUUAUGUUCAUGUGGUUGCCAGCUUAUGCUGUGGAUUUAUUGUUAACCAUUUUCGGCCAACGUCGUUUCAUGGUGCGUGUUCAGACACGGAUUGCAACCGGCUUGGAUAUGCUGCAGUUUUUCACCACGCGCUACUGGGACUUCAAAUCACAAAACUUUGAGCAAAUCCAAGAGGUGUUAGACCCACGCGACAAACUCAUGUUUAAAAUCGAAAUGAAUGACGUCGAUGACUAUGAUUAUUUGCGAGGGUGCAUUCUCGGCGGACGUCAAUAUGUAAUGAAAGAACCACUAUCCUCAUUGCCCCGGGCGAGGACGCAGAUCAAAAUGUUAUACGUUUUGGAUCGGGUUUGCAAAUUUGCAUUUUUGGCUGGAAUCUUAUACUGGUUGUGUUCGAAAAUUAAUUCCUUCGGAUUCCUACGCUUCACUGCAAUUGAAAAUUUAAAAUAAGCUUGCUUUGUUUUUCUUGUGUUUUAAAUAUCAUGUUCGUAAUUGUAUGUAUGUAUGUAGAGUUUUUUAACUUUUUUUCCACUGUCACUGUAAAUAGUUGCGGCACCUUUAUCGUUACAUUAUAUAGAAUAUAGCAGCGCAAUGUCUUUAAUAAAUAAUAGUUAGUUUGCACCACCA